AAAUCAUACAGUCCUUCGAGAGCGCGGUUAAGCUCUCCCAUGAUCCCCAUGGCAGCGACCCAAUGAAGUAGCGCAGGUGUGACUUGAGUGAGUGCUGUUAAGAUUCCUGGAUCCGUUGGAGGAGAUUGACAAACAACGUUGCACCACUCGCGGCACGCAGCUCGAGUGCUCGGUGAUAUGAUCUCAUUGAAUUCAGUUGCAUGAAGCCAGAAUACUUUGAAUUUUCACCUGAUAGUCGUUAUCUCGCUGCUGGGACAAGUAAAGCCGUCCGCAUUUGGGACGUUCAGGACCCGGAUCAAGGUGUCCACCUUGAAUUGUCCUUUUGGAAAUUGGGGUUUUUCGAAGGAUGCGACUUCUCGUUCUCACCUGACGGCGGUUACCUGGUUUUCUUUGAUUCCAUGUCGGAGUCGUUAAUAGUAGAAGUGCCGAUUUGGAACGACACAGCUGAUUGGGAAGGGCACUCCUACGAGGUAGAAAGGGUGCGAUUUUCGCCUGAUGGAAAGCGGCUGGUUUCAGCUUGUUGGGACGAAGCCCAUGUUUGGGACACCUCGCUCUGGACGAGGAUCUACUGCCUUGAUGUGUCCGAGGAGUUCCCCACCAUUUACCCACCACCACGGAUGCCGGUUUUCCCAAGCCAAAAUAGACGGAGUCUGUGUGCCGUGAAAGGAGAAAGAACCAUUCACCUCUGUUGGCUACCCGAUUGGUUCGAAACCAGCACGGAUAUCGCGCAGUAUGAAGAAUUGGUGUGUCUAGGAGGUAAAAAGGGGGAAGUUCUAUUCUUGGACAUCUCUGGCUUUGAAAUGCCCGACAUUUGAUCUACUCCCGAUUAUUAUAUGUUAUUCCCGAUAUUUGCAAGUCCGCAAGCAGGCGAAGCGUCCCUUCUCCAUCUCCACCUU